CGGCACAGCAGCAUUUUCCAAGUUCCAUCCUGAAAAUAAGUUAGGAUAGUAUUUUCUGACCCACAUACCAAAAGAUUGGACCCACUGAGAGAGAUAGAAGAGAGAAUCCAAGGUGUUUUCAGCCUUUCAUGAUCCGCCUCUUUUACGGGGAGCGGUAGUCUGUAGAGCAAUUCUACGUCUUGUUACACUAGCGUCUGGUUCUGGUUCUAGAGGGGUAAGAGUUCCCAAGAAGGUGAAGAGGAAGAAGGAAAUGGACGGUCCAGGCCAAGAGCAGCAUACCAAGUCUAGGGUUGUGAAGGUUGACUCUUUGGAGUCGUGGGAAUUCUAUGUUGCCCAAGCCACCAAUAAAGGGUGCCCUAUUGUUGUACAUUUCACUGCUGCAUGGUGCAUGCCUUCAGUGGCUAUGAACCCCUUUUUUGAGGAAGUGGCUUCAAGCUAUCCUGAUGUUCUGUUUCUCACAGUUGAUGUUGAUGAGGUCAAGGAGGUGGCGACUAAAUUGCAGAUAAAGGCGAUGCCCACAUUUUGGCUAAUGAGGGAUGGUGCUCCACUCGACAAACUUGUUGGUGCCAAUCCAGAGGAGACUAAUGAACGCUCCAGCUCAAAAGAAACGAGGUCUUAAAUCUGUCUUUUGGCAUUAUUUCGGGUAGUCUUCGAAGGAUGUGAGCAGCAAAAGGCCUAGCAUCGUUGACGUUGUGCACUGUGUCUGGUGGAGAUGGCGGCUGACCAACAAAUCUCCCUGUUCUUGCGCUUCCCCACCACCUUUUCCCAUUCACUAGCCGGUGUCCCAAUCAACCAAAAACACUAUUUCUAUUACCACAGUUAAGGAUGAUAUAUUGGGUGAUGCUGUGCGGAUGGUCAUGGUGUCUCAAUUACUAGGUGAAGCCACGAAGUUGGAGUUAAUGGAGAAUCUGCAGGAUAAGUUUCAUGAAUUGAAAGGGGCGUUUGGGUCUUGAUGUUCCGGUUCUUUCUGCUCCGGAUUUUUCUUUCUCCCUAUAGAAAGACGACGCAAAUGCACUUUUGGUUUUGAAUUACUCUGUAUAAUAGUGCUGCGAAGAAUAUUCAAGGAAAAUAGGCAAGCGCAUUUUUUUGGGUCAUGUCCAGUGGAGUUUUGUUUGUAUAGGAAGAACAGAAAAUUGUAAGCAGCCUGGAUGAGUACUCAAAGAAGCUUUUACAUGCAGUCCAAGCUUCUCUUUCUCUGCCACCAAAGUGGCGUAAGGAACGAAGAAGCCAUAGUUCAUUUUUAUGUUUCUAUUUCUAUGGAGGGUACGUUGCAAUUGCAAGACUGUAUUCGCUGGAUUAUAAAUGUUGUUUAAGAAUUUGAAACUUCCAUCGAUUCUGAUUUAUUGGAACAGUUGGUAGUUUUUGUUAA